AUGCGAUCCUACUUCAGAGACGAGAUCCGCAUAGAGCUAGCCGAGCAGAACCAGCAUAAUCCUGACGACAACAACGAGUCAGGAACUGGACCUCUUUUCUAUGCCGAUGACACCAGCCCAGCUUCACCUCUGCUCUCUACUCGCACUUCCACAUCUUCCGCCACCGAGUUCGAGUGUCAAGGUUCACUCUAUUCGCAACACAAUGACCUGCACGGUCGCUCGACCCGCGCAUCGAGUUCGUCAGAGACUCUCGUCGGCAACUUUAUCUCAGAUCACUUUCCCAGCCUGAAGAACAAGCUUCCUGGACCACUCGCUAGCCUUGCUUAUGCUCAGCUUCCUACCGAAUAUCCGCGAUCAACAUCACGCCGCCUACUCCAUCGAAAGAAGACCGUGUGUGCCGUGCUUCUUCUCGCCGCGCUGAUGCUCGGUAUCAGCGGUCGUCAUAUCUUUCGCAGCAGCAAGCCGACUCUCACCAAUUCGCUUUGUAGCGCGACGGACCUUUUUUGCCCUUCAUUACACGACGAAGACUCGUUGCAGGAUGCUACCAUCGCCGUUCCAACAAUCGCUCGACCCGAGCAUCCAUGGCGAGCAGAAGAUGUUUUGCCGUUCGACCUGCACCACGAUGACACCAUUGCCAUUGCUCCACUGGCUCCUGCACUCUCGGCUGCCAAUAGACGUCAGCUCCAUGUGGUACCUUCCCAGCGACCAUGGAUCGAGGACCGCGAAUGCCUCGAUGCGUGGGUCACACAUGGUACGGUCUGCGAGACACUCAAUGGAGUCUUUCGCAAACAGCCCGACUUGACCAAUGUUGACAUGCUGUACAGUUGGGUCAAUGGCUCGGAUUGGCGCCAUACCGCAGCCAAGUGGAUGCAUGGAUACCGUCCGCAAGGCAGAUGGCAAGAGUUUGUCGAAGAAGAUCUUUUCCCUUCAGUCGCACCUUCACAGCAGCGGACAAUGCCGCCUCGACGUUCUCCACGCAGCACAGGUCGCGAGAGCGAAACAAAGCUGACACGCAGAUCUGGAGCCGCUCUUCAAAGCCGCUUCCGUGACCACCAGGAGCUGCGCUUCUCUAUGCGCACGGCUGCGAAACAUCUACGCGGCUUGUCCACCAUUCACAUUGUCGCACCCGACUUCUCGGCGCCGUAUCACCUUCAACCUGGGGCGCAUCAACCUUCCGAGUCAAAUGGGAAGCCAGACACUCGAUCGAAGAUCGCCUCGACACUGCAACGUCGACUCUCCCGUGCGCCGUUCAAGCUCAACGUAGACCGACUCAAUGAGGACUUUAUGGGUUUGCCUUCCCAGCUGCGCAGGAGGCAAGGUCUGGGCACCGACCGCUUCACCACCGACGAGGGUCAGAUUCGCGAAGGACAAGUGCCUCAAUGGAUGUCGAUCGCAAACAGCUCGAUCGUGCUCUCCGGACAGGACGCCGCCACCUCCCUUGAAGGCGCUUCUACCGACUCCUUUUCCAGCUCUCUGUACCGACUCUUUUCUUCGCCAUCUCCUGCGAGCACUUCGACGAGUCAACCCAAAGUGCGCCUACACCACGAUUGGAACGUCUUUACCGACAACUGGCUCGUCACACAAACUCUCACAGAUGAGGAACGCCAGCACCGAGACGACUACCGUCGCGCAGCUUUGCCGACCUUCAACUCGAUGGCUGUCGAGUCGAUGCUUGGCGAUCAGCCAGGCUUGCAAGACACGUUUGUCUAUUCCAAUGACGACUUUUUCUUCGCAGAUGAUGCGAGCACAGGCGACAUCUCGUCUCCGCUAUUUGGACCCGUGUUUCGUCUCGACUACAACCUGCUCGUCGAGGGCAAGCGGUCGCCUAAGGGAACACCGGGAGAAUGGUCGUCGCUAUGGCACACCAAUUGGCUGUUGAACCAGAGAUUCGGCCCGCGCAACCGGCCUUACAUCCAGCACGUUCAGAAGAGCUUCUCCAAAUCUCUGCUGUUGGAGACGCGAAUGGGCUGGGCCCACGAGCACGCGGAACUGGGAACGCAACGCUUCCGCAACGGCGGCAACAACUUGGUCACUCAUUUCCUCACGUACUACAACAUUGUCGAGCGUCACCGAGAAGCCUUGCUGUGGAGCUUCUUCAUGCUUAGAUUGGACGAGGAUGGCGAUGGGCUCGUCUCAUUGCAAGAGCUUGAGCGCGCCUUGACGCAGAUGGGCUUGACAACGCCGCAAGCCGAAACGGUCCUUGCCACGCCGACCGAACGAAACUCCAGCGUCACCGUACGACUAGCCAAGAGGACAACGCUGAAAAACGACUCGGCCAACGCUGCGCUCAUUCAGGCAGGAUGGCCUGUACCGCUCAAGAGCCGGUACGCUUUCACGUCGCAGGACGGUUAUCCGCUGGGCAAAAUCUCUGAUCGAGUCAUCUACCGCCGCUCCGACUCGAACAUGCAGAAACGCUUUGUCAGCUCUCCUUCGAGCAAUCGGAUCCCGGCACGCGGCGAAACAACGUACUUUGGAUGGCCCGACUUCGUCGAUGAUCCGUCGCUGCAUCCUAACAACGAAUGGCAUAAUCGGCGCUUCGAGCGGACAGCGUGCGAGUUGGACCUCGAUCGUUGCUUCCUCACGCCAUUUGCUGGCUUGCGUAGCGGUACUGUGGGAUGGGAAGACGUGUUUAAGCAAUUCGCGUUCGCGGACGGAGCCUGCGGUGACUGCUUGAUCCAUCAUCUCGUGGCGCAAAGCGGACAGCGUGGCUUGGGUGCCUUCCUUCCUCCAUCGGACCGUGCUUUCGAUGGCGAGGAAAUGCGCAACCCGCAUCUCUCGGAACAAGUUCCUCAUCUCCCGCUCACUUCGGUCUGGAAUACAAGCACACUCACCGUCGACCCUGCCUUCGAACCAGAGUCGCCGUGUUUCAGCACAUCCUGUGUCCUCUCCAACUCUGGAUUCGGACAGGGUACAAAUCUACGAUCGUUUGCUGCUCAGCUGAUCCAGCGCUACAGCUACACCAUCGCAGAAUCGCCAAUUACAUUCAAGCAGCUCGAGACGCGCUACAACUCGGACAAGGUGAUGGCGGAGCUGGAGGCAUCCAUGAAGCGGCCCUCCGCUCUGGAACGAUUCAAGUUGCAGCACAGCGAGAGCGAAGCAGGCGACUGGAUGCAGAGCCAGCGCAGCAUCGACGACCAGAGACUGGUGUUUGCAUGCAUCAAUGAUGACAUCACGGAUCGAUGGGUUGACAGUGUAGGUGAAGACUUCACCAAGUGGAUGGGGAAGAUGUGGGUCAACAAGGAGGAGUGGGAGCUGUAG